CAUAUAUUUCUUUCCAAACUCGACUGCCUGUGAAUUAAUCUAUGAAAGUAGUAAGAAAUUAGACAUUUGUAACAUGGUUACAAGGAUUGUAACAGAAGUCCGUGCAAGAGACGAGGUCCCACGGGUACCUUUAGCAGAAUAG